ACGUUGCAAGUGUUGACAAACGAAAUACUUGUUAACAUUGAAAAGAACGAAGCCUAUGUCUAUCUUUUCUUGAUUUCAAGUUUCCAACCAUGGAACCUAUUGUUAUAGACGGCAGUUUGCUUGAAGGAGGUGGACAGACGCUGAGAAUAUCCUCAGCAUUGAGUGCUAUCCUUGGCGUCCCUAUUAGAAUCCAUAGCAUUAGGGCUGGGAGAUCAACUCCCGGAUUGAGGCCUCAGCAUUUGACUGGACUAAAUCUUAUCAAAGACCUAACAAAUGGAUCUAUGGAGGGUGGCAGCAUUGGAUCAACGGAAAUCACACUCAGACCAGGUCCAAUUGGUGGUGGUGAGUUUUCAGUUGAUACUAAAACUGCAGGGAGUAUUACUCUGAUAAUUCAAGCAGUUUUACCAUGCUUACUAUUUGCUGGUAAACGAAGCGUAAUCAAGAUGAAAGGGGGAACAAAUGUUGAUAUGGCUCCACCAAUUGAUUACCUGACCGAUAUUUUCUCUUCAUUUGCAAAGAAGUUUGGUGCUCAUUUCUCCUGCAAAUUAAUACGAAGGGGUUUUUAUCCUAAAGGAGGAGGUGAAGUUGAUUUGACUGUGGAACCUGUCAAACAGUUAUCCUGUGUCACUUUAGACCAGCCUCAAACCAUCAAGUGUGUCCAUGGCAUUUCCUUCGUCGCAGGCACCAUACCGAUUCGUGUCGCUAAUGAAAUGGCAAGCUCUGCAACCUCGAAAAUUCAAAACUCUCUUGGCAAAAUUCCUGUCCGAAUCGAUCAGUACAAGGAUGAUAAGGCGUUCGGCAAUGGAACAGCCAUUAUAUUGUCAUGUGAAACUACCGAUGGAAUGCUGUUGGGUGGGACCGGACUAGGUAAGCCUCGAAGUCCCGCCAAUCAAGUCGGGCAGGAGGCAGCCGAUGAACUCAUCGAGUCAUGUUCUCGCAAAGUGUGUUUAGAUCAGUACGCUCAAGAUCAGGUGAUUAUUUUCAUGGCCUUGGCUGGCGGUACUUCAAGAGUUUUGGUGGGACCACUGAGCUUGCACACGCGUACGGCCAUCCAUGUGACUUCUCAACUGACAGGAGUGAAAUUUGAGGUGAUUGAUUUGAAGACGCAGCCAGAGACGUUCAUCAUCGAAUGCAAGGGUAUGGGCAUUGUCAAUACUCGACUGUGAUACAUUUUUGUAAAUUUUCGAAUUGAAAAUGGACGGAUUGAAAAUUA